AUGGCGGUGGAAUCGAGCAGUAAAAGUUUGAAAGACGCGCUUUGUGCACAACAACGCCUUCUCCAGAAACUUUACCAUGAGUUAGACGUGGAACGAGAGGCUGCUGCCACGGCGGCUAGUGAAGCAAUGUCGAUGAUCCUUCGUCUUCAAGGAGAAAAGGCUGCCGUGAAAAUGGAAGCCGAACAAUACAAAAGACUAGCGGAAGAGAAAAUGAAUUACGCCGAAGAAUCCAUGGAAACGUUCGAAGAAAUUAUGUACCAAAAAGAAAUGGAAAUCGCCGCGUUAGAUUACCAAGUUCAAGCGUAUAGAUACCGACUUUUAAGCUUAGGAUAUGAUGAUAUUGGAGUGCAUGAAAUUAAAUUUCCGGAGAAUUUAUUGCAACGAAACGGGAGUUUAGUAGGGGACGUUAAAGUCCCCGAUAAUUUAUCGCAAAAGAACGGGAGUUUAGUAGGGGAAACAAGCGCUGCAACGCCUCCAAGACGUUUUACAUUGCCUAAUCUAAAGAAGGGUCUGCUAGAAAGGGAUCGGUCCAUAACCGAAGAUUCUGACAUGAUUGCAAAAAUAGUGGACGAAAGUACACGCGACGAUGAUCAUAAUCAAAACGUUGAGUUCGGUUUGAAAACAGCGUUUUCGUCAUCCGUGGAUAUUAGUUCGUACUUGGAGCAGAUUCGGGAAUUAGAUAAAGUAGUAGAACAAGUGGCGGGUGAUCAAUAUAUCGGCCCAACGUUUGCUACUACUUCAAGAUGUUCUUCGAUUCCUAUGAAACUUAACGAGCUGGAUCUUGCGCAAUCUUCCCAAAAGUUAACGGAUGAUAAGAUAUCUUCAAAUGCUCGUUCGCGAAGCGUGUUUGACGUGUUUGAAGUCCCACAAGUAGAAGGAUCACCCCAUAGUAAAGAUGAUAAAAAAGUCAGAAGGGUGCCUUCUUUGCCUCAGUUACCUAUAAAAUCAUGUUAUAAAGAUGACGAAAAGGCGAAAAAGUUGACUAGUUUGAAAAAGCCGUUACCUCCGAAACACAAGAACCGAAAGGUGAUUUCGCUUGGAGAUGGUAUUGACGUUGACUGUCAUUUGGCGUUGGUUCAGCCUAACAUGACAAGUGAGAUAACUAAUGGUGAAACUGAGACUACUGCAGAACAAAAUGUACGACACGAAGGGGUUACCUCGAGAGAGGGACGUGAGUUGAGACUGUUGUACGAGAUUAAUGCGAAACUUGAUUCGAUACAAGCUGAAAUUAGAAGUAGAAAUACAAAUACAAAGGUCAACGAGUCUUCUUCGAACUACGACCUACCCAUGCUUCUGCUUAGAGAGGUAUAUUGUGUUUAUUUAUGCACGACAAGAACCUAA